AUGGAGCCUCUUGAUUUGGAUUUACUCAACCCCAGCGUCGCGCCCGAUCCCACUAAUCCGUCGGAAAGGGUUUAUGCUCAAGAGAUGGGCUAUCCAAAGACGGCAGCUCAGGUGGCUGUCAAUCACGUCUCCGCCAUGGCAGGGCACGAGUACGAUGCCAAACGCAACUGCCUCAUUGUCGACCCCGGGUCCUCGCUCCAGAGCGUUCUCCGAACCUUUCUCAGGCCAACUGACCAGGUGAUUCUCACAGACCCGACGUCGCGAAGCCUUAUACAUUCCGUCCAAGCCGUGGGUGCAAGACCCAUUCUGGCUCCUCUGAUAUUCCGCCCUGGUCAAACAUGGGCAGUCAACUACCGGGCGUUCGCAGAUUGCAUCACAGACAAUACCAAGGCUAUGCUCCUCCAGUCACCGUGCAUGCCGUCGGGUGCCCUUUUCUCCCACCAGGAUUGGGCAUUCAUUGGUAGACUCUGUGUCGAAUCUAACCUCCUGUUAAUAUUCGAGACCUCGUUUGACACCGUCAUUUAUAAUUUCGACCGUUCCAUGUGGUCCCAUCCGGCAUCGUUCCCAGGAAUGGAAGAGCGGACCCUGGUUAUUGGCAGCGGCUCGGGGUUUUUGGAUAAGAAGCUACAAAGCUUUGAAUACGUGGUCGGUCCUGAGGGACUUGUUUCAAAUAUACGAUCCGUGGUCCUGAGCAAGCCCGAUCGCUUCACUUACUGCGAAGUGGCGUCCUUUCGCCUGUCCAAAGGUGAUUUGAUAGAAACAGCACGCAAACGCCGGGACAUGGUUCUCUACGUCCUCCGUGGGCUCCCAAUUGGUAUCCCCGCCGGAGGAUGGAGCUUGCUUCUCAGAGUCAGCGAUUUUGGUCUAACUGCACGGGAGGCUACAGGGCGACUUGCGGAGCAGGGCAUCAAGGUGAGACCGAUGGAUGAAUGCGGGGAUGUACAUGGAAUGUACUUUGUGCGACUGGUGUUUGCGCAUCAGCGGGUCGAACAGCUGGCUACAUUGAGAAGCAGAGUCGAAAAUGCUUUAACAAUGUAUGAAGAGACUACCUAG